AUGUCAUUCCCUGUGGAUAUAUUGAACAAUUGCAGUCAUGAGGACUUGGAGAACUCAGCAGAGGACUACCUCUUUGAUCUUCGGUGGGGGAAUCCAAACUCUCCUGAAUUCUUUUCUCUGCCAGACUGCCGCAAGGUUCCUAUUACCUUGACAUCUGUGGGCUUCGUUCCUCUUUAUGGUGAAGAGCAGACACACAAAGUUCUUGCACUGUUUGCACCAUGGGAUUCACUUACAGCUGUAGCCCUGUAUCUUGCUGACCAGUGGUGGUCAAUUGAUGACAUUGUGAGAACAUCUGUCCCUGCUAGACAAGGGCUUCAUCAGGUGAAGUCUGUUGGAGAGAGAGUUGUUCUCUAUGUUCUAAAUCGAAUUAUCUAUCGAACACAAGAAAUGGAAAGAAAUGAGAUCCCAUUUCUCUGUCAUGGUAGCAGCCAUUAUGCUAAGAUCAUGUGGAAAAAAGGAGAGGCUAUUGGGUUCUAUUCUGUUAAACCUACAGGAACUGUUUGUAGCUCUCUUCUUCAUCAGAAGUAUAAGUUGCCAGUGCUAGACACAAUGUUUGUUAGAAAGAAACAUCGUGGGAAAGACUCUGGGUUAAUCAUGUUGGAAGACUUUGUGGAUUCCUUUACUGAAGAGCCUCUUGGCCUACGAUAUCCACUAUCAUCUGUCAUGUAUACAGCUUGUAAGCAGUACCUUGAGAAGUACCCUGGGGAUAAAAACCUUUUGUGGCAAGUGGAGGGAGGAGGAGAUUGGUUCCAGAGAAAGUCUAUUAUGUUUAUAGUGCAAAUGGAAAAUCUCAAAAUUGCAGCAGAAACCUCAAAGAAGGAAAAUAAGAGUUUGCAAGCAGAGGACAAUUUUUGUCAGUCUGCAGAAUCUGAAGCAGGUGGACCAAGGACUGAGGUAGAAACACAGCUAAGUGCUGACUCUCAAAAAGGUAAAGAAUCAACAGAUGUCCAUGCAAGCACAUCUGAAGACCCUAAUGCAACUCAUGUUUCCAUCUGGACACGAAGCAGUCAUUUAAAACGUCAGAGGCUAAAUAAAAAUAGACAGGAACCUGGACUUGAAACUCUCCAACGAGAUGAGGAAAAUGCUCUUCAAAUGUCCAAAAGCAGGCUGGAACUUCUUGCCCACAAAUCUGAAAGCUCUGAAGACUUAGUAGAAGUGCCUAAGGUGGAUACUGUUGAGAAGGAUGAGGAAAUAAUUGAUGAAAAUGAGGACCAGUCUCUAUUAGAAGUGGAAAUGCAUGUAUCACCCUCUGAGAAACAAAGUGAGACGGAGGAAAUUCCAUCAGAACCUCUUAAUGGUGAGGUAGCAGAAGAAACUGGUAAGAUCUCACUCAUGGCUGAAAGGGAGAUGGUAAAUGAAGUUCCAAGUGGCGAAUCAAAAUUGCUGUCUGAGAAUCAAGGGAAAGAACCUGUAAUGCCGUUUGUUCCAUUGACCCUUGAUGCUCCAGCAAAACUCCCAGAAGACACUGAGUCAGAGAAGGUUUUAAAUGAAAAUGAUUCAGAAAUGUUGACUGAAGAAGUUACAUCAGUAGAGAAGGGAGGCGCUGAAGAACAGCAAGAAUGUGAAAAGGCCAGCACUGAAAAUGCAGCUGCUUCUGCAUCAAAGGAAGAGCCUUCUGACAAUGGCCUGCCCAACUCUGUGGUAACUGAAGCAGCAGAAGAAUCUGUUUCUGAAAACCUCCCUUCCUCACUAGAAGAUCAAAAUGAGGAAGCAGGGCACAACUCGCAGGAGGCCCCUGCUGCCUUGAGUCAGAGCUCCUUGGUAACGGUUGAACUUGAAGGUGUUUCUUUUCAGCAGCCUUCUGGAGAGGAAGCACAGAAGAACCAGUUGGAAGAGCCCUCAGAAGAGUCUACAGAGCAGACAGAUCAUUACACGCAGACAGUGGCAGAGCGGGCUGCUGACAGCAGCUCUGAGGAAGCAGAAAUUGAGGUACCCAUUGUAGAUCGGAGAAACUUGCGAAGAAAGGCUAAAGGGUACAAAGGUCCUCCCAAGAAAAAAGGAAAGCCAGCUUAAAAACCAAAUAGUGAUAAUUGAUCUAUUUAUAACAAGGCUAUUUUGUGUAAAACAUUAAGGUGUAACUGCACCAUAUCUGGCACAGGACACACAUGCUUAAAAUUCUGGGUUGGAUUUCCUCUUGGGUUCAUCACCUUUCCUCAAGUUUUGAUUUGUUUAGUUUUUAAAUUUAAUCACUAGAAAUUGAACUUCUUCAUAGUAUGAAAGUAAAUAGCCAGUCUCCUCCCUUCAUAAAGGGUACACGAUGAAUAAAUAUAGUUGUGCUAUCAAAGGGAAUAGUUUCUCUAUUUGAGGUGGUAGUCAUGGAACAAAAAUGCAGUGUGAAAUCCUGACCCUGUCAAGGUCCCUUAAAUUGCUGUAGACUUCCUUGUCACUGGACAUCACUUGAGUUAAUUUUUUUAAAAUAACUUUGUGUCCUCUACUGUGGAGAAAAGCAGAACAAGAAAAACCCUUCAUUGUUUCUUGUUCCCUUCCCACAGACUAAGAGAUUAAAAGAAUGUAAGAUUUUUCAUUCUAGGUCUCAAAAUAUACAAGAAGGUGUAGCUCAGUAGAUCAAUGCAACAUGAGCAGCACUUGUCUUUCAUGAGAAUCAUUUGAAACAGCUGAGUCAGUAGAAUGCAGUGCAGUGUCCACCACAGCACUUCCUGAUAAUGGAUUUCUUGAGCAAAGAUUAAGAGAUGCCUACACAGCAAACUAUUUGUGGCUUCCAAAGAAAGCAUUUUGGUAAGCCCAAGUUUUUCCAGAGUAUAUGGAAUGAAGCCACUGUAUGGAAUCAUUUGAACUGCCUUCCUAACUACUUGCAUGUGUUGAGUGGAUAACUGCUUCCUUGUUGCAUUACAGGAAAAGGAUAUGACAACUCUUGAUCUUGUUUUGGUCUGAAUGGAAGUGGUUCUUUGUGUUUUCCAAAUACUUGGCUGGUGCUGUGGGGUAACUACUAAAAUGUUGUGUCUUCCCAGGUGCGUGACUCCUGUGAGCACUGACAUUUCAGGUGGUGGUGAUAUUCAUUAGUGUAUUAGUGGGUAUUUCAGAAGUUUGCCAAACUUCUAUGCCUUUAGGAGUUAGUGGGUGAUACCUUGCAAAUACUUCUGAUUCACACUUUUUUUUUUCUAAUUUGAGUGUAAUUUCUGGGAUGAUAGCUUCCCAGCUGAUGACUUUUCUUAAAAGCAGCAACCAAAAUUCACUGUAUGCCAACAGGAUACAGUCUGGAAUAAACCCAGACUUUUCAUGCUCAUUUCCCUUCUGAGGUUCUCUUGGCAAACUGUGUAUUUAACUUGUCGCACAUAACUAAGUUAGCCUUAGUUUGCUGUGUGUUUCUUUCCAAUAAAUGCAGAUCCUUUUGUAAUGGGCUAAAAACUCAGAAAUAAAAGAACAAUCAUUCUGAGAACAGAAAAUUACACCACCUUUUGUCCUGCAUAUGCCUUUUCCAAAAUGUGUGAACUAGUCUUUGCAGUGUCUCAAAAACAGAGGUGCAAGGUUCACUUGAAUAGUUGCAAUGCUGUCUUAACUUUUAUCCCUUUAUGAAGUUAAUGUAAGAAUCUGGUUUUGGAUUUUUAUGCUUAUAAAGUUUAACUUUAUUUAUAAGAUGUUUUAACUAUAUAAGAUACAUUCAUACUAUUUUUUUUCAGGUGAUGAAGUACCAUGCUCUUUUUUAAUCUGUUAAGAGCAACUUAGAGAGAAAAAAAAGGCAGUUUGAAAGAAGUGUGUGUUACCUUAACUUUAGAUUCAGGGUGUGCAAGAUUACUGAGUUAAUUUUGGGUUUCUUGAACUAUUGCAUGUAGCUACAGUACCUUAUCAAUGUAAAUACAAAUACUCCUUAUGAGCCCCAUGACUGAUAAAUAUUCAAGAUCUUUCCUGAUUGUGUGUAAACAUAUUGAAGUGAACCAUAAGCAUUUCUAAAACUCAUGAAGCUUUUUAUAUAAAGCACAUAAGACAAAACUUUUGUUAUUUUCUGUAUGGUUUCUCUUUUACUGCUGAGAUUAAUUGUUUUUAAAAAAGAAGUGGCUAGAAAACACAUCUAUUGUAUUGCUAAGAAUUGGGGAUUUUUGAGGACUGGUGGCCUAAAAUAGAAUGGUUGUAUACAGUAUACUGCAACUCACCUUCCAUUUUUAGGGCAAGCUUUACUGAAGAUUCAUCUUCUGAGUCCUUCAAUUGAUACAAAUGUAUCCACUUUUAAAAAGUUAGGGAUUCGUUAACUUAUGAGCCCCAGUAAUUUCAGUUACUUCUAGGUGGAUUUUUGAUAUGUAUGUUUAUCCCUUAUAUUUCCAGUGAAGUUGGAAAACUGUUCAUGAGAAGGUAAUUUCACUCACCUGGCUUUUACUUUUCAUGGCUAAGUUGGAAUGAUUUCAAUUAGUAUCUUUCUUUUGAGACAUUUGCAGAGUAAAUAUAUAAAUAUUAUGAGAUUAUGAUAUUAGGAUAGUUUUGGUUUCUACUGAGAACAAUAAAAUCUCUGAUCUCAUUUCAGUGAGUCAGUUUUAAAUACUGAACUUAAAGUCACAUGUUAAAAGUAUACAGUUGAGUAGAUAUCUUUAUAAAUCUGGGGUGCCUGGGAUAAUAGCUGAUAAGCAGACUUUUUCAAACAGAAUGUGGGCAGUGGUGGUGCAAUUAGCAACUCCAAUAACCAGUACAGUCAUGAAAAAUGGGACACUGUUCUAACAGUGAUCACAGCAGUACGUUGAACCAAAGGACACAUUUUAUUUCUACAACAACUUUUUUGGCAUCAAUCUUUCUCCAGUAAGUGCAGAGUAGCAAAAUCAAAAUACUGACUUUAAGUAAUAGUUUUUAUUGCUGUACUGAUUGUCCCACAGUAACAGUAGUUCAAUACCUUAUUAAUUCUGUUACACUUAUGUAAGGGAAUGUGUUUGACAACUAUAUUGACUGGAGUGCUUUACCUUGGGGACUAUUAACUAUCCUAUAAACAUCAAACUCUUAAACAAUUUUAAAGAUCCUAUUGCACCAGCAAUGAAAGAUUAAAAGAUCAACUUUAUACAAGUUUGUACCAAAUGUUAUUACAACAUGCUGUGGAACUAUGUGUGUACAGUGAAAACAGGCAGUAUUAUUUUUGAGCUUUAUUUAGUCUAGGAAUAGAGUUUAAAGAACAUUAAUUUGUGACUUCAGCCUUGCACUUAAAUGGUAAAUGGUUUUGUACUUGAAUCCAAUAUUUGUUCAAAGGUCUGUCUUGUACUGCUUCUCCCAUAUUCUCUCUUGGUCUAUUUUAAUUUAAUGCAGAGUUCUUGUUUGCUGUUCUCCUUUUCAUAGUCCUUCGCAUGAAAGUGUAUACAUCUUAUUUUAAAAGCGCUUUAACUUAUUUCAAAUUAUGUCUGACCUUGCUGCUUUUUUGUACCAUUUCUUUUGUAAAUGUCAGUAAUCAAAUUGAUCAUUUACAAUGUCAUAGACACUAUUAGCAACAAAUUGGCCUAAGUUCAGCUUCCUUGCUUCUAAGUGACUGUUCUAAACUAUUACUAUGGGGAUACACUUUAAAUUUAUUUCCACAAAUGUGGUGUUAGAUGUUUUCUAAACUAGUGAUACCCUGUUUAUAAAUCUUAUAAAAGAUGUAUUGCUAUUGCAUAGUAUUGUACCUUAGUCUUGUUACUGUGUUAAUUUUUCCUUUUUUUCAGCACUGUCUUGGCUACUUUUGAAAUGUUUUGAAGUAGUAAUAAACUUUUAUUUUGUGAUUA